CUGUUUUCGGGAAAAAUCAGGAUAAAGAAGUGUGUUGGGCUAAUGUGAACGUAAGGAGGUGUGUUUGGGGGAGCGGCAUGUUUAGGGGUUCAGAAGUCAGUCUGUGUGUGGGAAAAAAAGCAGGAUGCCAGUAGGAGGGGGUGUCAGCGAGAGUCUGUAAACGCUGGGAGUGUGUGUGCGUGUCAGCCUGGUGGCGUGAGUGCGGCUGACGGGUGCUUGUUUUUGUUUUGAAAGCGCAGUGAGAUUGUGGCGGGCUUUUCUGAAUGAGCCUUCCUCUCCCUCCGCUCUCCUCCCCACCCCUUCGCUCCCCGUCCGUCCCCAGCUGGCUCCGCUCGGCUCCGCUCCCGACGUACCCUGCCCUGGCCCCUGCGGGGCAGGAGUCAGGUUCGUCUAGCUCUUCAGCUUGGUGCUGGGGGCCCCCAGGGGCGCUGGGGGGAGGGGACUCGCUCCCCCGCUAGGCUGGGCUGGGCUGGACUGGGUUGGGCCGUACGGCACCGCACCGCACGGCACAGCCCCGGCACUGGAUUGCGCCCGGCCGUGCGCCAGCCCAGCUCCGGCGAGCGUCGGCUCAGGCUCCGGUCGGCCUCGGGCUCCUGGCCCCGGCGCGGCGCCAUAGCUCUCACUGCACCAACGCCGCCGCCGCCGCCUGGCCUGUGAGUGUGGCGGAGAGAUUACACACGAAAUGACUCGAGGCAAAGCUGUUGAAGAAGACUGGCUUUCUCGGGAUGUUGGUCGAGCUGAAAAGCACCUGAAGUAUGUUUUUGAACUUGAGCCUUCAGAAUGCCUACGAUCUGAAAAGUCGAGUUCGGAGAAUGAAUGAAGGUUUGGAAGAACUUACUAUGGGCUUGGUGUCUGGUAGCCCACGAGAAUAGAGAAGCUUUGGGGUUUGACCCCACUCACUUAGAAGACAAACUUUCUCAAUUUACUUCGCUUUCACUGAUCGAUUCUGUUCUCUUUAGCCAGUUCCUCAGGACAGAGUAAAUAUGUAGAUGAAUCCAAUUAUAUGAGGAUUUUUCCUUUCUCUGCAAUCCAGACUCUUUUUCUAAAAGUGGUGAUGAUAUUGCAUCACCAUCGCAGCUGAUUACCACUUUACAGAGGAAUGCUGAAAUGUCACAAAUCCACUUGUAACUUCUCCCACCAUUGUUUGAGAUAACCAGUUCAGGAUGUCCAUCCUGGAAAGGCUGGAGCAGAUGGAAAGGAGGAUGGCGGAGAUGACGGGAUCCCAGCAGCACAAACAGGGCGUUGGAGGCGGAAGCAGCGGAGGCGGCAAUGGGAGCGGGAAUGGAGGAAGCCAGGCACAAUGUGCCUCUGGGACUGGGACCAUGGGGAGCUGCUUUGAGAGCCGAGUAGUGGUGGUGUGUGAAAAGAUGAUGAGUCGCGCCUGCUGGGCAAAAUCCAAGCACCUCAUCCAUUCGAAGACUUUCCGAGGAAUGACCCUCUUGCACCUGGCUGCAGCCCAGGGCUAUGCCACUCUGAUCCAGACCCUCAUCAAAUGGCGAACUAAGCAUGCUGAUAGUAUCGAUUUGGAACUGGAGGUUGACCCUUUGAAUGUGGAUCAUUUCUCAUGCACUCCUCUGAUGUGGGCGUGUGCCCUGGGACACUUGGAUGCUGCUGUUGUGCUAUACAAAUGGGACCGCCGAGCUAUUUCUAUUCCUGACUCACUGGGAAGGCUGCCUCUGUCAAUUGCCCGGUCCCGGGGUCACGUGAAAUUGGCAGAAUGUCUGGAGCAGCUGCAGAGAGAUGAGCAGGUUCAGCUCGGACAGAACCCCAGAAUCCAUUGCCCUCCGAGUGGAGAAUCCAAUACAGACAGCUGGAUAGCCCAAUGGCAUGGUGAAACCAUCACCUCUUCAGAAUCACAAAAGGGAAUCACUGUCAUUGCAAGUACAAAUCCAGAGCUAAGAAGACCUAGGUCUGAGCCCUCUAAUUACUAUAGCAGUGAGAGCCACAAAGAUUAUCCUGCUCCCAAAAAGCAUAAAUUGAACCCUGAGUACUUCCAGCCGAGACAGGAGAAACUGCUCUCCACUGCACUGAGUCUAGAACAACCAAGUAUCAGAAAGCAGAGCCCCAGUUCCAAGCAAUGUGUCUCUGAGACAAUCAGUCCCACUGAAGGAAUGAGGGAUUAUAGCCGGGAAGUCUCCCCUCACACUGCAGAGGCUGCAGGAUUCCGAAGCUCUGGAGCUCAGCCUGGAGUCAAGUGGAACUCCAAAGACCUUUACAUUGGUGUGUCUGCAGUGCAGGUAACAGGAAGCCAGAAGGGAGCCAGUCUAGGCAAGGACCCAGCACCACCCCGUCUUCGCCCACGAGAACAGAUGAGUGUCCUAAUGAUGGCUGACAGAGAGAUGGUGGAUGCUGAGUUGUUGUCAUAUCGAGACAAUGUGGAGAAUGAGGCUUGCUUGCAACACAUGGAUGACUUACAGGUAAAUAUGAUGACCUUGGCAGAACACAUUAUUGAGGCAACACCUGACCGGAUCAAGCGAGAGAAUUUUGUGCCCUUGGAACCCACAGCAGCGGAGAGGACAGAUGCUGCAGCCAUUAGCAGCACAAUGAGCUGGCUGGCCAGUUACCUUGCUGAUGUCGAUCAUCUACCAAGUGCUGCACAGAUCAGAACUCUAUAUAAUGAGCCCCUGACCCCUUCUUCUAACACCAGCUUGAGCCCUGCAGGCUCACCAAACAGUGAAACGGCAUUUGAGAAACCAAGCCUUCCCUCAGCGGCAGACUGGUCUGAAUUCCUGAGUGCAUCCACCAGUGAAAAGGUAGAAAAUGAGUUUGCUCAGUUAACUCUGUCUGAUCAUGAACAGAGGGAACUCUAUGAAGCUGCCAAGCUUGUCCAGACAGCUUUCAGAAAAUAUAAGGGUCGUCCCUUACAGGAACAGCAGGAAGUUGCUGCUGCUGUCAUUCAACGUUGUUACAGAAAAUACAAACAGCUGACAUGGAUAGCCUUGAAGUAUGCACUUUAUAAAAAGAUGACACAGGCUGCCAUCCUUAUCCAGAGCAAAUUCCGAAGCUAUUACGAGCAGAAAAAAUUCCAGCAGAGCAGACGUGCUGCUGUGCUGAUCCAACAGUACUACCGGAGCUACAAGGAAUGUGGCAAAAGAAAGCAAAGUCGCCGAGCAGCUGCCAUUGUACAACAGAAGCUCAGGAGCAGUCUGCUAACCAAGAAGCAGGAUCAAGCUGCUCGCAAGAUAAUGAGGUUUCUACGCCGCUGUCGCCACAGAGUGAAAGAAAAGGCCAAGGAACUUGAAGACCCGCAGCAGCAGCAGCAGCAUCCCGCAGCAAUGUGACAUUGCUUUUCAGACUGUUUUCAUUUUCUGUUUUUAGCAGAGACAUGCAACAAUAACAAAACAAAACAAAACAAACAAAACCCACUGCAGUUUUCGGAAUCUCAACUGCAGGAUUUUAACAGUAAUGUUUUGGUCAUUGCAUUUGCACUUUCAUGGACAACUUUUAAUUUGUUCAGCAAGACAUCUUGGAACUCAAUCUUCUGUUGGAUCAUGGGAGAACAAGACACCAGGAGGAAUCUGUGAGAGGCUUCCUUCUCUCAGAAAGAAACGGUUAUCCUCAUCUAGGGCUGUAUUCAAACAUCGUGUGGAACUGGACAAAUAUUAUACCAAAAAUAUAGUUAAGAAAAGGUGGGAAUGCACGAGCAACAGAGAAAAUGCUAUUCCUGCACCUGUCAAUCAUUUCCAAGAAGCUGAAUCUUUGGGAUUCUCGGUGGAGGGCUUAGAUCGUACAAAUCUUUAUUGGGUCCGUGUGUUCUCAUUUCCUUUGCUCUUCUGUCUAGUUUUUUUUUUUUUAUCUCUCUACAGCACACUUAAUGCAACUUUUUAAAUCUGCAGGUUUUUAAUGUCUUGUGGAAAUUUGCAGAGGGGUGGAUGUGUGAAGCAAACGGGUAAUGCAUGGGAAAUAAGGAAGUACAGUUUAAGGAAAGUCUGAAAGUUUCUUUCGUGUGUGUGGUUUUUUCCUAAACCUGCAAAGUAUAUCAGUCAUCACGUCCUUUUUCUCAUGUCCAGCACUUUAUUUUUUGCCUUACUUUCAUGGGAGAUGAAAGUUAUGUAGAAUAAUUAGUAAAGCAUGUAGCUUUUUUUUUUAGUAACCUUGGAAAUUCUUAGUCAUUCUAAGGAACCAUAAACAUUGCCUGGACAUUAUGCCACUUAAGAGAUCAGUGUGGUGCUGCGUUCUGGCCAGUAAAUUCCAUAUUUUGGCGAUAUUUCAUCAAAACUGAGCAGUUUCUGUAUAUAUAGAAAGUAGAAAUGGAAAAUGAGAAAUACUAUUUGAAAGGGAUUAUAUUGAUUAAUUACUAAAUAUUUUAUUCACAAAGGGUCAAUAACAUGGCAAGAUAAAAUUAUUAUUUGUAUAGUUUUGUCUGAAUGAGCGAGAAAAGUGUGGAUGUAUUGUUUGUACAUAUUGUAUAUAUUAAAACAAAGAGAUAUGUGCAUGAAUUCAAGAAAAAAAGAAAUGAAAAAAAGCAAAGCAUUAGUGGCUAUGGUCUGUAAAAUGAAACAAAAACUUUAUUUCACUAUAAGAGUACUUUAUUUUAAAUGUUCUUUAGAAGAACAUUUUGCUAAAGCAUGACUAAACUGCAAAAAAAAAAGAGCUACUGUAUUUAGACUUAGGAAAAAAGGCAGAGUAACAUUACUAAAAAAAAAAAAAAGGAUAUGUUUACAUUUAAUUUUGGCUACCAGGAGUUUAUUUAAUUUUAUUUUAACUUUUUUUGCCAAUGGUGCCAAGUAAUGUGAAUGCUAAUAUUGCUUAAGAAAAUUAAGUUAAUUUUGCAAAGCAGAUAAUCAUAAGAAAAACCAGUAUAUAGCUUAACACCAUCCACUCACUCCAAUAAAGAACACUUAGAAUGAACAUAAACUGAAAAAAAAAAAAAGAAAUAGUCUGAAAGUAGAAAAAUAUGUUUCACAUUUUCAUAUCUCCUGCUGGAAGUCAGAAAAUGUAAUAAAAAUUGCACAAAAAAAAUUAAAAACUAAAAAUUAAAAUGAUGCAAACUGGUCUUGUAGGGGUGUCAUGGUAUAUUACUAUUUCCACAUAAUGAGGAGCCAAAGAAAUCAGAUACUUUAAAAAAAAUAGAAUCUACUAAUGUUAAAUUAAGAGAGGGUAAGUUAGUAUUUGCUGAUACCAGUUUAAAAUUUCCAAGCUAAGUCAGAAGAUCAGUUGGUGUAAAGUUUAUGACAAUUAGUUUUGUUUUUACUUGAUUUUGGCCAUCAACUGUAAGUGAAAAUGCAAGGCUUGUUGUGAAGCCUAAAAAUAUUCACAAACAAGAAGCUUUUAAACUGGUGUCUUUGGAAGGAAGGUAUAUACAGAAGGACUGGGGUAAAAACUGGGGUCAGUGCUCUUGGUGCCUUUUCUAUAAUUGUACUUGUUUUUUAAUUACUUCCUUUCACUGCCAACCUUGAAUUACUGUACAGUAUAUGUCUUACUGCUCGUGAUCAGCUCUGACAACAGUGACAGUCCCACAAUGAACAGCCACCUGUACAUUUGUAAACUGACCUGACUCAAUUUUUUUUAAGUGUGUGGCUCAUGCUGCAGCUGUUGCAGUCCCAAAAUAUCUAUUAUUUUACAAAAUUGGGCCUGUAGGAGAACACUGAGUAUUAUACACUCAUACACACAUAUACAUAAUUGCACACACAAAUGGGAAUAGAAUGUGAAGGCCAGAUCUUUAGAAAUGUCCUGUAUUAAAACUGAAUUUAGACAUGUUUAUUCCAUUUGUUAUAAUGAAAAGAAUGGAUCUUUUUAACAAGAGUAAUGACCUCAGUGGAUUUGUUUUAACCCUCACAUUUCUACAAAAAAAAAGUUUCACAUACAUUUAUUAGAUGGGCAAGAUAGAAGACUCAGUAAGAUAUAGAAAUACUUAAUGUUACUCUUCCAACUCAGAGGGUCUUUAUGGAGGGAAGAGAAAGUAGGUGUAAUGCCUACUGCAUAACCCACCAUUGACCACUGAGUUAGUUAAAAAUGCACUUCCACUGAAAUAAUGCAUUUCUGAUCGCCCUUUUCUUGGUUGUGGAUCAUAGUUUUGAGUAUAAGAUGAUAGGUAAGCGCAGCUUUCUUGGAUAAUCUGAAUUCCCAAGUGCCAGGAGUAGGAUUUCAUUAUAAAAAUUAAUAGCUAAUAUUAUUCUGUCUCCUGAAAAUUUAAUUGCUAUUAUUACACAUUUGAAAUCAGCUGUACUGUGUGAACGAAAUAAAGACUAUAACAUGAACCCCCUCUAUGGUUGCACGGUCGCUUAUGGCAGUUCCACACAGUAGUUGGCGCCCAACGGGGGGUCCCCAAGACUUGCAUGUAAAACUAGUCUAGAUGUCUCCUUUUUGUAAGUUUUAUUUUUGUAAUUGUGCAUGUAAAGCAUCACUGAAUCAAUGGAUCUGUUGAAGAACUCAGCUGCUGGAACCAUGCAAAAUGUUUUGAAUUGCCCUUAAAAUAUGGAAAAUGUUUUCUGAAUGCUUUAUAUUCUUUCUGCUGUAAAUUAAAAAUGAAGAAAAUUUCCCCAUA